CGCUGAGGAGAGGUCGGUGGAUGAAAGCAUGGAGCGCUUUUACACUCUUCUGCUGCUGGCGGGGUUACUGUUUGCAAAAUCAGCAAAUGGUGCGGAGUCGGUGCAGAACCAGGAGCGGACGUGUCUCAGCUCUGAGUUCAGGUGCUCUGAUGGGGGCUGUGUGGAUCACUCGUGGUGGUGUGAUCACUCUGAGGACUGUGAAGACGGCAGUGACGAGAAGAACUGCGAGGUGAACGAGUGUGAGGUGAAUAAUGGCGGCUGUUCUCAUCAUUGUGUGGAUCAGCCUUAUGGGUUCGUGUGUGACUGUCCAUCUGGCAUGAGACUGAUGCAGGACACAUGGUGUGAAGAGGUGGACCCGUGUCUGGAUGAGGAUGUGUGUGAUCAGGGGUGUGUUCAUUCAAACAGCUCAUUUACCUGCGAGUGUCGUCAUGGUUACGUGAAGAGCUCGGAGAGUGGGCGGUGCUUGGCUGCAGACAAUGCAGCAGCAGUGAUCUUCAGCAGCGGUGAUGGAAUCAUGUGGAUGAAGCCUGAUGGCUCUGAGCAGAAAAAGCUCACCAGCAGCACAGGAACUUCAGGAGCUUUAACUUCUCACACUGCUGAGAACACAGUGUACUGGGCCCACGCUGAACACACACACAUCUACAGGCUGGUUCUGGAUGCUGGAGGUCAGGAACCCUCAGUGAGGUUCUCAGAAGUCAGUGGGGUUGUGGGAUUGGCUGUGGACUGGAUUAAUGAGGUUCUGUACUGGAGCAGUAACACUACUCGUGCUGUACACGCUGCAGCACUGAACGGAACCGAACAUGCUCCGCUCAUUUUGGGUCUGUCCUCCCCCACCGCCGUUGCCGUCCAGCCGUUAGCAGGUUUCCUGUUCUGGGCCGACACGGGAGUUUCUCCCAGAAUCGAGCGCUCGGGUCUGAACGGACAGAACCGGAAACCGCUCGUCACCUCUGCCCUGAGGAACCCCGUCUCCAUCGCUCUGGAUAUCCCCCGUGGGCUGCUGUACUGGGCCGACGCCCACCUGAACACCGUGUCCAGGGUGACGUAUGACGGCCUGCACAGAAAGACGGUGAUCGAAUCGAACGGAUAUCUGGACCAACCGUUUGGACUGGCCCUGUUUGAGAGUGGUGUGUACUGGAGUGAUAGACUUACAGGUGUGAUCUGUCGUGCUGAUAAACACAACGGAAAACUGCUCCAAAUCACCCGAGUCUCUGGAGCGAGUUCCCCAGGCGGAUUACUCCUCCUCCACCCGCUCCUGCAGCCUACAGUUUCAGAUAUGACAUCGUUUCCAGCUGAGCCUUCCUCCAACGACUCGGACUCCGCCCUCGCCCAAAUCCUCUCUCUGAUUGUUCUCCCCUGCGUUCUUUUCGCUGCUCUGUUCGGAUGCUGGAGGACUGGAAUGUUCUCGUCAUCUCUCUCUCAGUUCUCUAGAAAACCCAUGAUGGAGUCACAGAAUCCACUCCUACCGUCAGGACACACCGAGGCUCAAGCAGAGAAACUCAACGUGCCCGCUGUAGCUGUGUGAACCAGGAAGCGACCUCAGUAGAGACAGGAAGAGAGACACCAAGAUGCGUAUAUGAGCGAGCAAGAGAGAACGAAUGAAAAAUCACACCCCUCUUAUUCCAAAUGUGAAGUAAAAUGAUCUGAAUUUAUUGAUUUAUUUAUUUCUGGCUUUACUGUCGUCAUGAUCUGUUAAAUUUAAAAAGCAGAGAUUUUUUUUCUGAAUCGUUCUCAGAUGUGGCCCAUCGUGGCUCCUUGAAUAUUCCGGUUUAAUUUAUUCUCCAUGUCUGGGAUAUUCACACUUCUGUAUCGCUCCUAAUUCACCCGAAUCCCGAUUCGCUCUGUAAACGGUUCUGCAGCUGAAUUAUUUUUAUUUUGUGACCAUAUUUAAAUCUGAGUAAAUUAAAAAUGAAGCUUGAAAUUUGUCUGACCUUUUGUAAGAAACUGUACGCUUUAAAUUGUUUAAUGUGCACCUCACUUCGUUUCUAGAGGGACUACAUUCUGUAACUGACUCUUAUGAAUCUUCUGUAAUUGAUUCUUUGCUGACGAAACGAUCCACGUGGUUUAUUGUGACCUGUUAAAACCAGCUCAUGGCUGUUGGGCCUUAUGCUAAUGAGUCAUCUGCAUAUGCAAAUCAGCCUGAUUUAUAAUUGUUCACUGAAUCACUCGGACCUUCAGUUAUUUUCUUUUUAUUGUUUGAGUCUGAAUUUUAUUUAUUUUUUUAUUUUAAAUAAAUUGUAAAUGGAAUUGGACGCAGAUGGUCCCGAGGUGAUCUGAACAGCUUGAUUCAUUUUUGUAAUCAGUUCUUGUGUGUUGGAAACUGAGUGGUGUUUCAUGAAUGAAUCAUUUUCAAAUGACUCUGAAUGCCUAAGGUUUUUUUUUUGUUGUUGUUAAAAUAGAUAUGGGAUGAAUUGAUCUUGAUGAAUUUCCAGUGAUUGUUUUUUGUUGACGCUUUGUUUUUGAGUGUGUAGUGUGAAUAUGAAUCUGAUUGAUUUUGUGCCUUCUUACUGAAUCGACUCCUUAGCUAAUGAUCCAUCAGGAUUUAUUUGACUCGGAUUCAGUGAUUCCUUUAUGAAUCAGUGCAGUGUUCAUGAUGUUACAGGAUUUGCAUGAUGUAACUGUGUUGCUGAGGAAAUGAGACAAACUGUGAGCCUGCUAUCAGUUAUUCAGCUCUUUUAGUUUCCAGGCUGUCUUUAUUAGAAAUGCUUGUGGUUUGAUUAUGAUGUUGGUUUAAAGGGCCGGUCUGUGUGUUACGGAUUACUGAUUAAACUGCUGUUUAAAACCCUAUUCUGUUCCUUCGGGGGUUUGAGUGUGUGCACAGGGUUAAUGAGUGACCACAAUACUGGCUGUGAAUGUUAGGGGUUUUUUUUGGAACAAUGCUGUAGUUUUAUUUAUUAGUUGAGAGAUUUAAUAUUUAUAUUAUUUUGUUCCUGCAGCUCAAAUAAAAAUAAUGUGGCUGGUUCAAAAGCCAAAAAGUGGAAAA